AUGUCCGAUAACCGAUCUGACUCCGAAGGUGGCGCGCGCGCCAAGCGCCAGAAGAUGGACGGCGGAGACCCAAAGAAUAACCCCUACCUCGCUCACAUGUACGAGAACGACAAUGCCUCCGACAACGGGGCCCUGGCCAAGUUCAAGCGACACCAGACAACCUCAGCGAUGGCGAAGAAGGCCGAAGAUGGCGAUAUAAACCCUUUCAGUGGCAGACCUUUUUCCAGCAAAUACUUCUCAAUCCUGAAGACCCGUCGCGAUUUGCCCGUCCACACGCAACGUGAUGAGUUCCUGCAACUCUACCAACAGUCCCAGAUUCUUGUCUUUGUUGGUGAGACUGGUUCCGGAAAGACUACGCAGAUCCCGCAAUUCGUCCUCUACGAUGAUCUCCCCCAAACCCAGGGCAAAAUGGUCGCUUGUACACAGCCCCGACGUGUGGCUGCCAUGUCCGUCGCCCAACGUGUGGCUGCUGAGAUGGAUGUCAAGCUUGGAGAGGAAGUCGGUUACAGUAUCCGUUUCGAAGAUAUGACCGGCCCGAAGACCAUCAUGAAGUACAUGACUGAUGGUAUGCUUCUUCGUGAGGCUAUGAACGAUCCCAACCUCAAUCGUUACAGCACAAUCAUGCUCGAUGAGGCUCACGAGAGAACCAUGGCGACUGAUAUCCUGAUGGGUCUUUUGAAGGAAGUUGUGGUGCGUCGGCCUGACUUGAAGAUUAUUAUCAUGUCGGCUACUCUGGAUGCGCAAAAGUUCCAGCGCUACUUCAUGGAUGCUCCCCUUCUCGCAGUCCCCGGUCGUACCCACCCUGUCGAGAUCUUCUACACCCCCGAGCCUGAGCAAGAUUACGUCGAGGCCGCAGUUCGGACUGUGCUGCAAAUCCACGCCACCGAGGGUGAGGGAGAUAUUCUUCUCUUCUUGACUGGUGAGGAAGAGAUUGAGGAUGCUUCGCGGAAAAUCGCACUCGAGGGAGAUGAGAUGGUUCGCGAGGCUGACGCUGGUCCUCUCAAGGUCUACCCUCUUUACGGUAGUCUUCCUCCUCACAUGCAACAGCGCAUUUUCGACCCUGCACCACCUCCUCGCCGACCAGGUGGCCGCCCUGGCCGCAAGGUCAUCGUGUCCACCAACAUCGCCGAAACAUCUCUAACCAUCGAUGGUAUCGUGUACGUUGUGGACCCCGGAUUCUCCAAGCAAAAGAUUUACAACCCCCGCAUUCGUGUCGAGUCACUCCUCGUGUCCCCCAUCUCCAAGGCCUCCGCGCAGCAGCGAGCUGGUCGUGCCGGUCGUACACGUCCCGGAAAGUGCUUCCGCCUCUACACCGAGGGCGCAUUCAAGAAGGAAUUGAUCGAGUCGACUUACCCUGAGAUUCUUCGGUCAAACUUGUCAUCAACCGUGCUGGAAUUGAAGAAGCUUGGCGUUGACGAUCUCGUCCACUUCGAUUUGAUGGACCCCCCUGCGCCAGAGACGCUGAUGAGAGCAUUGGAAGAACUGAACUAUUUGGCCUGUCUGGACGAUGAUGGAAACCUUACUCAGCUUGGUCGUCUGGCCUCUGACUUCCCUCUCGACCCUGCCCUCGCUGUUAUGUUGAUCAGCUCUCCCGAAUUCUACUGCUCUAAUGAAAUCCUUUCCAUCACCGCCCUUCUGUCUGUGCCACAGGUCUUUGUUCGUCCUCCUGCCCAGCGCAAGCGUGCCGACGAGAUGAAGAACCUGUUUGCCCACCCCGACGGAGACCACUUGACAAUGCUGAACGUCUACCACGCCUACCGAGGCAGUGACGCCCAGGCAAACCCCAAGCAGUGGUGCCACGACCACUUCCUCUCCCAGCGUGCUCUCCAGUCCGCCGAUAACGUCCGCUCCCAGCUGCUCCGCAUCAUGGAACGCCAGGAUCUCGAAAUGGUCUCCACUCCCUUCGAGGACAAGAAGUACUACGAGAAUAUCCGCCGUGCCCUCUGCGCCGGUUUCUUCAUGCAAGUCGCCAAGAAGGACACAGGUGGCAAGAGCCAAUACCUUACCAUCAAGGAUAACCAGAAUGUGCUCCUGCACCCGUCCACCGUCUUGGCUCAUGAGGCCGAGUGGGUCUUGUAUAACGAAUUCGUUCUCACUACCAAGAACUACAUCCGUACCGUCACUGCCGUCAAGCCAGAAUGGCUUUUGGAUAUCGCCCCUACAUACUACGAUAUCAACAGCUUCCCCAAGGGUGACAUCCGCUCUGCCCUUACUCGGGCCGCUGAUCGUCUCGCGCACAGGGAGAAGAUCCGUGCCGAGAAGCGUCGCUAG